CCUCAAUGCAAGAGACGUGCUGUUUUAGACCUACUGCCUGCCUCCUCUCUUGUACACACAUUCCUCGUCUUUGUUUUGCGAUUUUUCACUUUUCUUACGCCGUCUCACUGUGCUUUGUUUCGUCCCGUUUCAUGGAAGCAAAUCUGGCGUUUAAUAUCUGGCAGCAGACGGAGCCGGGUUGCCCAAGUGUCGCAGCCCCCCGUGGAGCAGGACAGGACUGAUCUGACACCGACGUAACUCCUGGGGGCCUCUUCCAAGCAGCUCACCUGCACCAGUGGAGCCGAAGGACCCGCCGCCCCCCAUGGGGCUGUAGGGCACGAGGGCACUCACUCAUGCCGGCCCAAGGGGACAGGACGAGAAGAGAGGAGUGCAAACUUACAAUGAAUCGCAAAGAGACCAAGAGGAAGUCUCGGCACAACAGCCCGGGCAGAGUGCGGUACCGCAAAGCAGGGCUGGAGCGGCGGAUGACUUGCCCCAGCCCUCGGGAGAUUAGCCGGGCUUUGCUGACCCCCACCCAGGGCUUCCUGACCCGAGCCGCCAACCUCGACGACCUUAUCCAGCGGUGCCUUCUUUGCUUUGACUCGGAUGGAAAGCUGACCAGAAGCGUGCAGCUGGUCCACAUGACGCUGAUGAUGCACAGCUGGGUGGUUCCCUCACACAUCUUUGCACAGAAGCUGCUCCUUCUCUAUAGAGACUGUCCAGUGGAAAGAAGGAUCCUGCAGCGCACACAGAUCUGCCACUUUAUCAGGCUGUGGAUAAGCAAGUUCCCAGCAGCAUUCGAGGGCGACCCCCUUCUGGAGAAAGUCAUGGGCGACUUGUGGGCGCUAGUCAGGACCGAGGGGGAGGAAUCCCACUGCCUGCUGGUCGACACAUCCAGCCUUAACACCCCUGCGACUCCAUCCCUGCCCCCCUCCCCUUCGAUGAAGAAGCGGAAGGUCUCCCUCCUCUUCGACCACAUGGAGCCUGACGAGAUGGCCGAACACCUAAGCUACCUGGAGUUCGAGAAUUUCCGCAACAUCUCGUACCCGGACUACCGCAGCUACGUGGUAAACGGCUCAGUGCGGGGGAACACCGCUUUGGAGCGCUCCGUCAUGAUGUGCAACGGGGUGUCCCAGUGGGUUCAGCUCAUGAUCCUGAGCAGACACACGGCCCAGCAGAGAGCCCAGGUCUUCACCAAAUUCAUCCUCGUCGCCCAGAAGCUGCGCUACUUGCAGAACUUCAACACUCUGAUGGCCGUGACGGGGGGGCUCUGCCACAGCUCCAUCUCCCGCCUUAAGGAGACCUCCAGCCUGCUGCCCCAGGAUGUGACCAAGACUCUCAAUGAGAUGACAGAACUGCUGUCAUCCUGCAGCAACUACAGCAACUACCGUCGGCUGUACAGCGAGUGCACAGGCUUUAAGCUGCCCAUCCUGGGGGUGCACCUCAAGGACUUGGUUUCCCUGAACGAGGCUCUGCCCGACUACCUGGAGGACGACAAAAUAAACUUGGGCAAGCUCCAGCACCUGUACAGCAACAUCACUGACCUGCUGGCCAUCCACUCCUGCAAACCUCCCUUUGAGGCGAAUAAGGACCUCCUGCAUCUCCUCACGUUGUCUCUAGAUCUUUACUACACCGAGGAUGAGAUAUACGAGCUCUCGUACACCAAGGAACCGAAGAACCCCAAAAUACAGCCGGCUACACCAGUCAAACCACCUGUAGUGGCAGAGUGGGGGUCUGGAGUAACCCCCCGGCUGGACCCCGACACCAUCUCCAGACACGUCAAACAGACAGUAGAUUCUAUCAUGAAGAACUAUGACCUCAACCUGGACGGCUACAUCUCCUUGGAGGACUUUGAGAAGAUCGCUGCAGGCUUCCCUUUCUCCUUCUGCACACAUGAAAGCGACAGGGAGGGCGAGAUCAGCCGAGACGAGAUCAACUCCUACUUCAUGAGGGGGAUGUCAGUGUGCGCCAAGCUGGGCCUCAAAUUUCUGCACAAUUUCCACGAGACGACGUACAAGAAGCCGACCUUCUGCAACACCUGCAGAGGCUUUCUCUGGGGUGUCAUCAAGCAGGGCUAUCGCUGCAAGGACUGUGGUGUGAACUGCCACAGACAGUGCAAGGACCAAGUGGGGAUGGAGUGUGUGAAGAAAGUCAAGUUUUCAGGCGGUUCCUGUCCAUGCACCCCGAUCCCUGACAACAGGCCUAAAGGACAUAGUUGGAGCUUGGAGGAGGACAGCUUUGUGUUCCCACAGAGCGAUGGAGGGGAGUCACCUGAGGAGCGUUCCCCAACGCAGAAGCAUCGCAGGGACGACUCCCAGCUUUCUGACGAGUCCACCCAGACAGACCCCGAGGUGUGGACCCCAGGAGGGGGCAACAGGAAAGGGCCGCACAUUAAUUCACAAACCCCUAACUCUUGUCUCGGGAAGGACACGGGAUCGUCACACAAGUCUCGGAAAGCAAGGCUACAGAGGGCGCGUGGCUCCUCCAUGCCCGUCUCCUUGCUGCAGGGGAAGAUGGAGGAUCUACAGCUGGACAAACACAAGGGUGGAGAGACAGACUGACGGGGCACCGAGA